AUGGAAAGCAAGCCAGUGAUUGUUGCUAAAGCCACCAGUGAUUAUUCCCAAGGAAAAAUGGAAUGCAACCCAGUGACUACUGCUAAAUCCACCAGUGCUGAUUCCUCAUCGCCUUCGCCGGUUGAGAUUGUCGAUGGAAAUUCCUCCCCGCAGAAAAUAGAAAACACACCUGUGACUACUGCUGAAGCCACCAAUGGUGAUUCCUUAUCCUCGGAUGAAGAGGCGCCAAGGAAGGGGAGACGUCAUUUUGAAGUUUCAGACAUUGUAGCCGAUGCAGAUGCCAACACUACGACUACUAAUAAUAAUAAGGUUGUUUCUAUGUUGGCUGAGAGGCUUUGUGUGGGUCUAAAACAUUUCAGUGAGAAACAAAAAGAGGGGAGGGGAGGGGAUAGAGAGAAAUACCUGGAACAUUGCAAUGUUGCUUUGCUGGUGACGGUGGCACUGAAGGGGGUGUGUUCUGCGUUGGUGAGAGGGCGUGUGUUUGCGAAGAAGAGGAAUGGAGAGAGGGUGUUUGCGCAUAGGGGAAAGAAGGGUAGGGGUCUGCUAGGUUGCUGGUGGUGUUGCUGA